AUUCUUUCAGUGAAUAACCCUAUACCUUCAAACCUAAAAUCAGAAGCAAAGAAGGCUGCGAAAAUAUUAAGAGAAUUCACAGAAAUAACUUCCAGAAAUGGUCCAGAUAAGAUCAUUCCUGCCCAUGUGAUUGCAAAGGCAAAAGGCCUUGCGGUCCUGUCUGUGAUCAAAGCUGGAUUUCUGGUGACAGCUAGGGGAGGCAGUGGGAUUGUCCUGGCACGCCUUCCAGAUGGAAAAUGGUCUGCACCUUCAGCCAUUGCAAUAGCUGGGCUUGGUGGGGGAUUCGAAAUAGGAGUUGAGGUAUCGGAUUUGGUAAUAAUUUUGAAUUAUGACAGAGCAGUAGAAGCCUUUGCGAAGGGUGGAAACCUGACACUGGGAGGAAAUUUUACUGUGGCAGUUGGGCCUUUGGGAAGGAACCUGGAAGGAAAUGUGGCCCUGAGAAGCUCUGCAGCUGUCUUUACAUACUGCAAAUCAAGGGGACUCUUUGCUGGCAUUUCCCUAGAAGGGAGCUGUUUGAUUGAAAGGAAAGAAACUAAUCGGAAAUUUUACUGUCAGGACAUUCGAGCUUAUGACAUUUUAUUUGGAGAUAUUCCACGGCCUGCUCAAGCAGAAGAUCUUUAUGAAAUUCUUGAUUCCUUUACUGAAAAGUAUGAGAGUGAAGGACAACGAAUCAACUCCAGGAAAGCAGCCAGGGAGCAGAGGAAGGCUAAAGAAUUACCUCCAAAACCAUCAUCAAGACCACAGCAGUCAUCUGGAGUAGGCCAGCUGACCUCUGGCUCACAAAGUUACAGAAAUGAAUAUAAGCUGUAUCCUGAGCUUUCUGGAUAUCACGAGAGAGUUGACAGCUCUAAUCGACCAGUAGAAGUGACGGCACUGUACUCCUUUGAUGGGCAACAGCCUGGGGACUUGAGUUUUCAAGCUGGAGACAGAAUAACAGUUAUUUCAAAAUCUGACUCACAUUUUGAUUGGUGGGAAGGAACACUUCGAGGUCAAACUGGCAUUUUUCCAGCCAACUAUGUAUCCAUGGAUUAAAUUUUAUAUAAUUUUCUUCUUUGAUAGUAAAAAAAAAUUAUUUCUACACUGACAGGAUUUACCGUUCAGCUAAGCAUUGUUUAAUGUAAGUUUAAAACACUCCUUCAAACUUCAGUUGUAAAAGUUUUUUCUCUUUAUAUAAAUACUUAACUUCCAUGUC